ACCAAGAUUAAGUUACCCAUGGAGAGUCAAAGGGCUCAAGACAUGCCACUCCGCUCCACAGUGCUCACCGCCACGGUCGCCUUGGUUAGCUGCUCUGGACAGCAAUUACUUGCGAUGAAGUUCCUUGUGCUCCUCACCAUGAGUGUGGCCGUGACCCAGGCAAACAGCGCGCUUCCCGUUGCUGAGGAGAAUAGCUGUUCAGGCCUCAAGAACGAUCGCUCUCUUUUAUCCAGUCUACUGACGGUCGCAGGCUACAAUGACACUUGCGUGGCUGCCGCCCUGGACUCCUGUAGGACGGGGCAAGAGGUCAACCGCUACGCGUCCCUCGUGGAGGAUGCAAGGGAAGUGGUGCAGCAGGUCAGUGUUGCUGUAAACAAAUGGGAAUCUCGGCCACGUCACUGCAAGGACUUACUGGACUCCGGGGACAGUGGGAGCGGCCUGCGCCAGGUAUACCCUUUCCCUGGGCAACCUCACCACCGCGUCACCGUGUUUUGCGACAACACCGUCGACGGCGGGGGUUGGACCGUCUUCCAGCGGCGCACCAGUGAUACCGUCCGCCAAGAUUUCUUCCGCACUUGGAUCGAGUAUCAGUUGGGGUUCGGCGACCUGGAGGGUGAAUUCUGGCUGGGCCUUGACCUUCUGCACCAGCUGACCUCCACCACCUUGCAGGAGCUACGGAUUGACCUGCACGAUUACGAGGGAGAACAUCGGUGGGCUAAGUACGGAUUCUUCCACGUGGGCACACCAGCGACCAAGUUCCGCCUCAGUGUUGGAAGGUACAGCGGUGACGCAGGGGACGGCCUCUCUGGGAAAAGCGGCCAAGCUUUCAGCACCCAUGACGCUGACAACGACGCAUGGGAUGAUAACUGUGCCAAAAAAUACCGGGGUGCUUAUUGGUAUACUGCUUGCCAUAGUUCUAACCUGAACGGUUACCAAUACGUGGGGAACCACACCACCUACGCUGAUGGCAUCAACUGGUAUAACUGGAGAGGCCACCACUACUCCCUGAAGAGAACAUCAAUGAAGAUACGCCCUACCUUCUGAGCCACUCUCAUUUUGGCUGCGGUUGGUGUGGUGUCCAUGAACAUUUAGCCGUACAGAGCUGCACAGGCCUUGUUUACAAACAAAAGGCAGAUGGAUACAGAUGGUCAUCUAUCCAUGGAUGUCCAGCCAGUAUUUUGAAGCACAAGGAGACAUAGUGCUUAAGUUUUUCAUAAGAAUACCAUUCAUAAAAUACAUUGCACAGGGAGAAGUGUUCAUCUUUAUAUUGUAUAAUAAGAGUAGUCAGGAAUAAUCAAAUAGUGUUGAUGCAGUGACCAAAGUUAUAUGACACAAUGAUAGUUGGUUUGAUGUUAUGGCCUAUAGCGCCUGUAGGCAUACUUGAAGAGUAUAUGUAGGAAGCGCUGUUAAGCUUCCACCCAUUAGUGGCGCAGGUGGUUUGAUGAUCACAGAAAAGCUCUUACGGUAAAAGCACUUUAUUUGUUAUAUCAGAGUAGGAGUUAGUUUCAAGUGAUUUCUGUCAUAAGAUAUUCUCUGAGCACAUUGUCUUUCUCAGCCAAAGUCACGAAGAAACUAUCAUUUGAGUUUCUCUCUCUGUCUCCUGAGUAUGAUUGAUUGAUCAAUAACUUUAUUGAUGCAAUAAUGUAUACAACAAAGGAGGAGAUCGAGUCAUGCUGGCCCUGGGCCCUCUUCUGGUUAUCUGUUGUGUUGGAUAUUGUCUAUUUAGUAAUUACUGAUGCAUGUACAGAAUCUAUUUCAUACCUGAAUUGGGCCAAUCUUCCAUGUAAAUCUAAAGCUAUGUUGACACUCUGGCACCUAGUGAUAGCUUAGUUUAUCAACAAGUUGUUAAGCGUUUUUGUUAUAUGGAGCUUAACUUUGUUUGAUUAGCAGGCCAACUGUAGAUUUGGUAGGUCCACAUAAAGUUAUUAAGUUUA